AUGUCUAAUAGAACCGUCUUAGAUCAUAUCAAUGGCGAUGGUGACGGUAUUACUUAUAGCCUUACGCCCGCUUCUGAUCAAAUACUUUUAACUGCGGAAAGCUCUAAUAAGCUUUGUUUAGGCAACUUUGUUGAUGAUGGCACUCAAUGGUCCUUUCCAUCCGCAAACUAUAAUAGUAAUGAUUUUGGACCAG